GUGCGCGUGCGCGUCCUGCUCUGUUGUCGGCGGGGCGGUGCGUCCGGUACUGUGGGUGUUUGUGGCGCGAGAGGGGCGACAUGAGCACGUGUUCCGUCUCCAAGGGCUGCUUUGUUUUUAAACCAAGUCCCAAGAAGAGAAGGGUGUCUCAGAAAACAGCUGUCCAUUUCAGUGAAGGAAAAAAUGAUUUGGAGGAUAGUGAGUUGCGGUUUUAUACUUGUCAGUCGUUAUGGAAUCAGAUCAAAUUGGAAACAGAGCAAAUACAGGAAGACUUGAAUAAGCAGUUACUUGAUAACCUAGUAAGUUUUUUGGGGCGAUCUCAUUCUGAGUUCCAAGGAAAGACAACAGACUGGACUUGUCGGAUGAAGUCCAGAGAAAUCCCCACUGCAGCUCUUGUCUUAGGUGUAAAUGUUACAGAUCAUGAAUUGACUUUUAGAAAUCUCUCAGAAGCCCUUCAAAAUAUUACUCCUUAUAUAGCCUUGCUGGAAGCCAAAGAUUGCCCAGGCAUAAAAAAUCUGAUGCAGAAGCUGAUGGGGCAACUGAUGAACUGCUCUACUGAUGUGGUCUCAUUGGAAGAUGACGACUAUGUGCAGGUUUCCCAGAAUAGAAUACGUUGUUCAAUGAAAUCUGUUGUCGACUGGUAUGAGAGUGUAACAAAGAAAACAGAUUCUGAAACUCUGAGCAAAAAAAGAACUUCCUCUGCAAAACACCAGCAAUCUCCUCCAGUUGUAGUUAUAUUCAAAGACAUGGAAAGUUUCACCACAAAAGUACUUCAAGACUUCAUAGUCAUCAGCAGUCAGCAUAUCCGUGAAUUACCUCUAGUACUGAUUUUUGGAAUCGCUACAUCUCCAAUGAUUAUCCACAGCUUACUUCCUCAUUCUGUUUCCUCUCUGCUGUGCAUAGAGCUUUUCCAGUCCUUUUCCUGUAAGGAGCACCUGUCUACUAUAAUUGACAAGCUGCUUCUAACAUCCCGGUUUCCCUUUAAACUGGGUGAGAAAGUUCUGCAGGUUCUCAUCAACAUAUUCUUGUACCAUGAUUUUUCUGUCUGGAAUUUUAUCAGAGGAUUUCAGCUCUGUAUUGUUGAACAUUUCUAUUCCGAGCCUCUUAGUGUACUGUGCUGCCAACUGACAGACGCUAAGAAGAGAGUAAAUUCUUUAUCACAUGAGCAGUGCGAAAAUGUUCGAAGACUGCCCUCUUUUAGAAGAUACGUAGAAAGGCAAGAAGCAGAGAAACAGAUUGCACUGCUCACAGCAGACAGCUUCUUAAAGGAAACAACACAGAAGUUGCUGGAGGACUUGCAUGUUUACCAUGAAAAUUAUGUUUCAGUUCUGAAAUGCCUUCAUGUUUUCACAUGUUCUCUUCCAAAGUAUCCUUUGGGCAAACAGAUCAGGGAGCUGCACUGUGCAUGUUUGGAAAACCGGGUGUGGGAGACAGAAGAUUAUGAGACAUCUCUUCAGCUAGCAAGGAUGCUGAAUAAGUCUGAUUUGGAAACCAUGCUUCAACAAUGUGUGGAGAUACUUGUGUCAUCUUCUGGAAACGAGCUUGAUAAGGCAGUGGAGAAGUUGAAGGAGUUCUUGACCCAGUUUCAGAAACUGGAAGUAGCAGAAGCUUUCCAAGAACAAGAUGUGUCCGUAUCGUCACAAAAGGAGCUCCAGAAGAAGACAGACCUUUAUCAUCUUCAGAAGACCUUGUUGGAGUUGAAGGAUUCAAGGCGGUCUAAGAAACUGACGAAGUUUGAAAUGCUUCGUUUUGAAGUUGUUGACUAUAUAGACAGUCUCGUAAGGCGUUACCUUGUUCCUGCAGAUCACAAAACUCUGCAUGAGAUAGUGUAUUUCAACACAGCCAGUGUUCUCCGUGGGCACUUGAAUGCUGCCCCAAGGAUUGCACUUCAUACAGCUUUAAAUAACCCAUACAGCUACCUGAAGAACCAAGCUUUGAAGUGUGACAGCGGGAGCAUUUCUAGUAAAGCCCCUGACAUUUGCAUCGUGUAUAAGCUUCAUUUGGAGUGUGGCAGAUUGAUUAACCUUGUUGAUUGGUUAGAGGCUUUCUCAACAGUGGUAACAGCAGUGGAUGAACCAAAUGCAGAUGCAGCUUCCUCAGACCAGGUGGAUGAUAUCAUCCAUGCUCGUUUUAUUCGUGCUGUUUCUGAACUGGAACUCUUGGGCUUCAUAAAGCCCAGCAAGCAGAAAACGGACCACGUGGCACGGCUGACAUGGGGUGGCUGUUAAUGUGCCACCAGGAUCUUAGCAAACCUGUUCUUUCUCCCACUGUGCAACAGCUGAGUUCCCACUAACCCAGUCCUUGUAUCUUUGCAUACCGAGUCAGUGAUGAGCAAAUGUUGUGAGAUACAUUCUGAGUGCCUGGGUAGGCUUGAAUAGCAGUGUUGGUUUUUAAUGCUCACCCUCCCUGUGUGAUGUACUGCUCUCAUAAUGCUCAUGUUCCAAAUACAGUUGCUGUGCCAGUUUUCAUCUUUGAUGUCUGAUAUUUAAUGCUAUACUGAUGUAAUUCGGGCUAGCAAGCCAAAAGGACAACACUGGCUGUGUAAGCUCCAGACCUGAUGAAGCAGUAUUAAGUAACUUGCUCAUAAGCUGAUAGGAAUUGAGUUGUCAUGAUAAAAUGCCUUCCAGAUCCUUGAACUACAUAUUCAAAAAUAAAUAAAGCCAGUAUGCUAAAAGGACAGUAA